AUGAAGGAACCGCAGCACCAAGCUUUCCUCAUCGCCAAAGUGAAGCCCCAUGGCGGCGCUCCGGCCCAUUAUAGAUGUGUGGGAGCGUACGAGCACGCGUGGUGCCAUGGAUCGCUUCCUGUCAAAGCCGCGCACCGCACGAUCACCUUGCUGAAGCAGCAGCCCAACGCCCAGAUAGUACGCGAGGAGCUUCGCAGUAUCGACGGGAAGUACGGCGCAUUCGGUGAAGAGGAGCCCAAGGCGCCGAGCCUACUAUGUUCGUAUACUAUCUAUCUCCUUCAUAUGGCAUUCAACGUCGACUUCGACAAGAACAGCCUCAGCCAGAGUGGCUGCUGGUUUUCGAUGUCCAUGGGGACCUUCGAAAACGUACUUGACGCGUCGACGAAAGUGUGGACGGAAGACACCAUGAGCAACGAAGGCGUCACGAUAAUCGAUAUCACUGAUCCCAUGAAUCCUCGGUAUUGUUUCCUCCCAGGCUGCGGCUUAACGAAUGACACUCUCGACAUGGCGCCGCUGACAGCUCAGCAGUACCUCGACACUCUGUUCGAUCCAGAGAUACCCUUAAUGUUCCUGACUGCAGAGCAUUGUCGUGAGGUGGCCGCGUUGCUGACUGACGUUCCGCUUGUGAGCCAGCGAGCCAUAGCAGAGGCCUGGCCUGCAGGGCCGGCAGACUGCUUUGAGUACGACGAAACUCUGGCGAAGGAAGUCGAGGCGGGCACCCGAGGCGACGGUAUUGCGCUACUAUCUAACGGCCAGCCUUUGAAUACUGCCUCGGGCAUGACCGUCGACCCAUCCAACACGAAUGCAGUCUCUACCAACCAUGUCGACGCCAUCGCCCAAACUCUGUCGGAGGGUGACAGCGAUCUGGAGACCUUGCAGGCGAUUCGCAGCAUCCGAGGACCUUUCCUGGAUGCUCUUCUCCCCAUAAUCGCUAGAAUUCUUGCAGCGGCACCCGAUACUGCCUUCGACCUCUCCGAUAUCCAGCUCACCGGCAGACAACUCCUUUCUGUCCUGCCCAAGGGUGAACCGCUCGCGGUGGUCGAUCUAUCUGGUAACGCCGCGUUCAAGCUGUGCGACCUGCGCGCCCUCGUCCGCAAGCAGCGCAAGUCCAAGCUACGCAUCCAUCGCCUUGUCCUCGUGCGGACUGGCGUCUCAAACAAGGAUCUCAUCGAGAUGAUGAACCAACCGACCGUGUUUUCCCAAAUCGGCGAAAUCAUCCACCCGCUGUUCUACUCUUGGUUCACAGGUCCGAGCUAUCCGUUCUCAUGGGGUAUCACCUUCUGCCGCGGCCUAGAGGUCCUCAGGAGCGACACACGUGAGAUGUCGACCGUGCCACUGAUGUCGCUGCCCCAACUCGUGCAGAGCGUGCACUUGCUCGUCGGCGCCGUGCACGACGGGAAGCUCGACUUCGGGGUGGGCCAUGCCGCGCUCGACGCGCUUACCACCGCCAGUGCGGUCCCCAAAGGCAAGGCCUGGGGCGAGCGCCCAUGA